AUGUCUAACCUGGAGAAGCAAAUAAGGCUGAAAAAUCUUCUGGAAUCACUGAAUGGCUCCAAAUCACAGGCUGAUUUGAAGAAAGAGUCGCAAACGCUGAUCGACAUAUUCAAGCAGACCCGUCAAAAGAUGAUCCAUGAUCAACAGAGCAACUUACAUCCAGUCACAUCAAUACAAGGCAAGAAACUCUUGAACCUGCGAAAAGCUCUCCAGAAUCAUCAAAAACAUCGUGAUAACAUCAAAGUGGUCAAAACUAACGCUGAGCCGGUCUCAACUCACGAUCAAACAGUUGAUUCCAACAGCGAUUCGUCUUCAAGUGAGACUCUAAUAGACACUUCAACUUCAUCCUCUUUUGACAAUAUAAAACGAUGGUUACAUGAGACUAACUCCAAUGAAUCACAAUCCAAGGGUAGACCAUCAGAAUACACGCAUGUGAACAGCCCCGAUUCUGGAGUCUCUAGUAAGUCUGGCCAGUUAUCGAUGUUGACUCAAGAUUCCAACCAGAUUUUAUUGCUAAUUAAACAGCUGACUGCAAAGUAUAAUAUGCUGGAAUCAUUUUUCAUCAACUCUUUUGAGCAACUAAUUGCUCUUUUUGAUAAUUUCUACUUUUUGUCAUCGUUGAUUGGAUUCAACACUUCGAACUCAAAUAGCAAAAUUACGAGGUUAUUGAGAAACUUCAUCAAGCAAGCUUCGAAGAUAUGGUUAGUCAUUAUUUUCCUUACCGUCAAGAAUUUGUUCAUUCGCAUGAUAAAACUCAAUAGAACUGAGAAGAAAGUGAAACUGGAAAGAGACAUUUUAAUGUCAAGAUCUCCCAAUUCUUCCAUUCAGUAUGAAUAUGAUGCUAUGCUGCUCACAAUCCGAACAUCCAAAAUAUCCACCUUCUUGGAAAUGCUUGGAAAUGUUAAUGAAUUUGCAUUUUACUUGAUCCAAGUUAUGAACUGGAAGGUUUCCAAAAAGGUCAAGAAUAUACUAGCAGGAAUCUCAUGGAUAAUGAGCAUCUACCGGAUGAGCAAAGAUGAGAUCCAAGAAACAAAUCCGUCAAUAAAUAAUGGGUUAAAAUCAUCCGAUGAUAUUAUCGAUGAAUACGCUUAA